AUGGACUUCACCAAGUUGACCGAGAUUGAGCUGCCAGCGGCUUUUGAUGCCCACGUGCAUCUCCGCGAUGGCGAGAUGUCGCAGCUCGUCACACCUACGAUUCGCAAGGGUGGUGUGAAUCAGGUGUAUGUCAUGCCUAACCUCGUCCCACCCAUCACGUCCGUGCAGCAAUGUCUUGAGUACCGCGACCGUCUCCGGGCAAUUGAACCGAAUGUGGAUUAUCUGAUGUCCUUGUAUCUCCACGAAGACAUUACACCUGAGGUGAUUCGUGAAGCGAAGAAAGCGGGGAUCACAGGUGUAAAGUCCUACCCAGCAGGUGUUACAACCAACUCUUCCUCCGGCGUCCUCGACUACGAGACCUUCUACCCUGUCUUCGAGGAAAUGGAAAAACAAAACAUGGUCCUCAACCUCCACGGCGAAGUCCCAUCCACACCAGCCGGCACCCACGUCUCAUCAACCAAAGACACAAAGACAGGCGCCAUUACUAUCCUCAACGCCGAACCCGCCUUCCUACCUACUUUCAUCUCCCUGCACAAGCGCUUCCCCAAACUCCGCAUCAUCCUCGAGCACUGCAGCACCGCCGCCGCUCUAGAUGCAGUCCGUUCCUGUGGCCCCUCGGUGUCUGGUACUAUUACCGCGCACCACCUUAGUCUCAUCAUUGAUGAUUGGGCGGGCGACCCAUUCUGUUUCUGCAAGCCUGUUGCUAAGACGCCCGAGGAUCGUGACGCGUUACUCCGCGCUGUUGUGCAGAGCAAUGGGAAAUUUUACCUAGGGACGGAUUCGGCGCCGCAUCCACGGGGCAAGAAGAGGGGUGAGGAUAAGGUUGCUGCGGGUGUGUUCACCCAACCGUAUGCGCUGGGAUACGUAUUGGAUGCGCUUCAGACGGGGAUUGAGAGGGGAGUCAUCAAGGAGAGUGAAGUGACCAAGGAGGUUCUUGAGGGUUUCUUUGGGGUGUGGGGAAGGAAGUUUUACCAGGUUGAGGAAAAGAGGGGAGAGAAGGUCGUUUUGAGGAAGGGUGGGGAGAAGGUCUUGGACGUGUUGAAGAAGGAGGGUGGCGGAGAUGUAGAGGUUGUGCCUUUCAGGAAGGGUGAAAUGACCUGGAGUGUUGAGUGGAAGUGA